AUGGCCUGGAAGGAACGCAUGGACACCGAGGGAGCAACGCAGGAGGACGAAGGCCUGGGCGUUCUGUUUGAGGAACCUGAUGAAAAAGGAACUAACCCGGAUUGCGCGAGUGGUGAACCGGUUGUAGGCCAGGUGGAGCCCAACCUUGAUUUUCUGGUAGAAAAGAGCGAGUUGAUAAAAGCUCAGGAGAGUGAUGAAAGCUUGAAGUCUGCUUGGAAUGAGGCUAAAAUGCUGGGUGAGCUGGACAAUGAGUACGUGGGCUACUACGUGAAUAACGGGGUAUUAAUGAGAAGUUGGAGGCCCCUGACAGCCCCAACCUCUGAUCACUGGAUGGUGAAAAGGCAGAUUGUGGUGCCACGGGUAUAUAGGAAGAAAAUUUUGGAGAUGGCACACGAAGGUAAUCUAGCAGGACACCUGGGGGUCAGAAAAACCCUAGGAAAAAUCCUGUGUCAUUUUUACUGGCCCAGAGUGAGAGGUGAUGUGAAAGAGUUUUGUAAAACUUGUGGUUUGUGUCAGAAGGUGGGCAAUCCGAACCAGGUGAUUCGCCCUGCCCCCCUUCACCCUAUACCUGUGGUCGACGAGCCUUUCAGUAAGGUGGUGAUAGACUGUGUAGGUCCUUUACCAAGGACCCGGAGGGGAAACCAGUACUUGCUGACUAUUAUGUGUAUGUCAUCCAGGUUUCCUGAGGCCAUUCCCCUCAGGAGUAUAAACUCUAAAAAAAUUGUGAGGGAACUGGUGAAAUUUUUCUCCUGGGUGGGAAUUCCUAAGGUGUUGCAGUCAGACCAGGGAAGUAAUUUCACUUCUCGUGCGUUCAAGGAAAUCCUAAGGGGUCUAAAGAUUGAACAGAGACUGUCGAGUGCUUAUCACCCUCAGUCUCAGGGUUGUGUAGAAAGAUUUCACCAAACUCUUAAAAACACUCUCAGGAUGUAUUGUGAGGAGAUGAGUGUUCAGUGGGAUGAGGCAUUGCCACUAGCCUUGUUCGCGUUAAGGGACAGUGUGCAGGAGUCAACUGGUUUCAGCCCAUUUGAGUUAGUGUAUGGGCAUGAGGUGAACGGUCCUUUAAGGAUGGUGAAAGAAAAAUGGUUAGGAGCAGAGGAACCUCAUACUGUGGUGAAAUAUGUAUCUGAUUUCAAGGACAGAUUGAUGAGAGCUAGGAAAAUUGCUCGGGAAAAUUUGAAAAAUAGUCGGAGUGAGAUGAAAGGCUGGUAUGACAAGAAGGCGAGGGACAGAUCUUUCCAGCCUGGGGACAAGGUAUUGGUUCUUUUCCCAUUGCAGGGUGAUCCUUUCAAAGCCAGGUUCAGCGGGCCUUGGGAGAUUGAGAGGAAAAUGAGUGAUGUGAAUUACAUUGUAAAAACUCCAGGGAGGAAGAAAAAGAACCAGUUGUGUCAUGUAAACAUGUUGAAGCCAUUUCAUGAAAGGGACAGAGAAAAUGGAGGUGAUGUAGUAGUGGGAGUAAGAACUGUGAGUGUUGUAAAUGCAACCACUGAGGCGGAAGAGAAGUGGUCCGAAGUGAAACUGAGUAGGUGUGAAGGGAUGGUGCUAGAGAACUCAGCUGUGUUAGGGAAUUUAAAUGAUAAACUGGGGCACAUGGAGCUAGAGAAGAAGGAAAGAAUUAGGGAGAUAAUUGAAAGAUUCAAUUCUUUGUUCCCUGAUGCACCUAGAAAAACGAAUGUGGUGGUGCACGAUGUGGAUGUUGGGGAGGCUGAACCCAUCAAACAGCAUCUCUACAGAGUUAACCCGCAGAAAAGAGAGAUCAUGAGAAAAGAAGUAGAGUAUAUGCUGGAAAACGACUUGAUUGAGCCCAGUGAGAGCCCAUGGAGUUCGCCAUGUGUACUGGUGCCCAAGCCUGGUCAAGAGAGUUUCCGUUUUUGUACGGACUAUAGGAAGGUUAACAUGGUGACAAAACCUGAUGCUUACCCUAUCCCUAGAGUUGAUGACUGUAUAGAUCAUGUGGGAAGUGCCAACUUCAUAACAAAAAUUGACUUGUUAAAGGGGUACUGGCAAGUAGGACUCACUGAGAGGGCAAAAGCCAUAUCAGCUUUUGUCACCAUGGAUGGAUUAUACCAGUACAAAGUUCUUCCGUUUGGGAUGAAGAACAGUGGGAGUUCUUUUCAGAGGUUAAUGAACAGAAUACUGAAGGGAUUGAAGGGAUGUUCUGUGUACAUAGACGACAUAUUGUUGUACACUGAGAGUUGGGAAGAGCAUGUGCAGCUGCUGGAGGAAGUAUUCAGAAGGCUGGAUGAUGCCAACCUUACUGUCAACUUAGCAAAAAGUAAUUUCGUGCAAGCUAAUGUGGAGUACUUAGGUUUCAAGGUUGGAAAAGGUGAAGUGAGAACCGUGGAAGCCAAGGUGAAAGACAUUGUAAAUCUCCCUCCACCCACCAAUAGGAAUGAGAUACUGAGAUUCUUAUUGGCCAGUUGA